UACAGACUGAUGACCGACGAGUGAGGAGGCCACUGCCACCACCUCACAAUAGCCACCACCCACCUUGUCACUGUCCGAGACAAACACAUAGAUCUACAUACAGAACAAUUAGAUCUAAUCUUUCAGAGGAGCCCACACCCUCUCUAGAUAUGGAUUCAUCGACCAGUAAGAAAGUGCGCAAGGAGUUUGAUAGCUUCGAGAAUCUGUUCGCCCGGUUCCUGCGAGAGUCUGGCCCCUCUGUGGAGUGGGAGAAGCUGAAGCUUCUGGCCCCUGAUGCUGUGAAGAAGUAUACUGCUCUGGAGGGCCCAGCCACAGCGGAAAUCAAGACCCUGCUCAGCCAGCUGGUGGUCAUCAAGCUCAAUGGUGGCCUGGGGACGAGCAUGGGCUGCACCGGGCCCAAGAGCGCCAUACAGGUGCGCAAUGAGCUCACCUUCCUGGAUCUCAACGUGCAGCAGAUAGAGCACCUGAACAAAGUUUACGGUGUUGAUGUGCCGCUGGUGUUGAUGAACUCGUUCAACACGGACGAGGAUACACACAAGAUCCUUCGCAAGUACAGUCAGAUCAAAGUCAGCAUACACACCUUCAACCAGAGCAGAUACCCGAGAAUCAACAGAGACACCCUGAUGCCGAUGGCUAGGAGUUUCUCAGAAAGUGAUGAAGGGUGGUACCCCCCAGGUCACGGUGACGUGUACUACUCUCUGUACAACUCAGGUCUGCUGGACAAGUUCAUCAAAGAGGGCAAGAAGUAUGUGUUUAUCUCUAACAUUGACAACAUGGGAGCCACGGUGGACCUCAACAUUCUCAACUUUUUGUUAAACCCGGCCAACACUCCUGCCCCCGAGUUCCUGAUGGAGGUCACAGACAAGACGCGAGCCGACGUCAAGGGAGGUACUCUCAUCGAGUACGAGGGGAAACUCAGGCUGCUGGAGUUUGCCCAAGUCCCCUCAGAUCACGUUGAUGAAUUCAAGAGUGUCAGCAAAUUCAAAAUUUUCAACACAAAUAACUUGUGGAUCAGCUUAGAGGCCAUCAAGAGAAACGUGGAGGAGGCAACACUACACAUGGAAAUCAUUGUCAACCCAAAGACCCUGGAAAAUGGCAUGAAUGUAGUACAGCUGGAGACUGCUGUGGGUGCAGCCAUCAAGAGCUUUGAAAAUGCCGUAGGAAUCAACGUACCCCGAAGUCGUUUCUUGCCUGUGAAGACAACCUCUGACCUGUUGAUAGUGAUGAGCAAUCUGUACGCCAUGAAGACGGGAGCCCUGGAGAUGUCGCCCAAGAGAUCUUUUCCUAGCGUGCCUCUCGUCAAACUGGGACACCAGUUCUCAAAAGUGAAAGACUUUCUCAAGCGGUUUGCCAGCAUCCCAGAUUUGAUAGAGCUUGACCAUCUGACAGUCGCUGGGGAUGUCAACUUUGGGAAAAAUGUCAGCCUCAGGGGUACAGUUAUCAUCAUCGCCAACCACGGAGAGAAGAUCGACAUUCCCAUGGGGUCUAUACUGGAGAACAAGAUUGUGUCCGGAAACCUUAGGAUUUUAGAUCACUAGAGAAAUACCUGUUUGUUUAUCAAAUUGUUAACCGAAAUUAAAGUGUCCAAACUGUUGUAUUUUUGUGAGACAUCAUUAAAAAUGUUGAGUCAGAUCUGGUUGUCUUAUGCCGAGUGCUGUUGUGUGGCAUACUGAGAGGUCAGUGAUCUAACCUUGUUAGGUUUUGUUUUUAUUUUUUUUAUCUCCAACAAAUAAGUCAUCAAAUGGAAAAUUAUGUGGAUUUUUAUUUGUGCUGUGCUGGUGUGUCUAAGUCUGGACAGUGACUGAUGUCUUUCAAUUUUUCUGAAAGAGCAGCUGCUUUCCAUAGGGUUUUGUUUUCAAUCUAGACUGUGCACAUUUAUGUGUGGUGUGGAAAUACGUAUAAAGAGUUUUUGUGUUUUUCUCUUAGAGAAAUGUGUGCAGUAGAAGCCACGGACUUGACCUCGAUAGGUUGAAAUAUAGGCUUUUUGUUUAUUACAGUUGAGAUGUCCGGCUUUUUCUUCCUCUCAUUCUUCCUCCCAGUUACUUUUCAAUAUUGGGUGUGUAUCGCAUUGGUUGGCAGGUGCUCUGGUGUGGUUUGCUUCUUCUUUCCUAGCAAACAUCUAUCGUCCUUAUCUCCCCUUUUUCUUUUUUAUGUUUGUUACUCUCUUGUAAUACCACUAAUCUUCUGGCGUUCAUAUGACCUUAUGCAUUUGUGAGCGCCGUAAAACCUCUACUAAACUUAAACUAAGCAUCCAAAUUUCUGAAACUUGAGACUUUUCUGUGUUUCUGUCUUAUAUCAGAAUACAAUAUAUCCAGGUAAAGUUUAUGAGAGUAGUUUAUCUGAGCCAAGUACAUUUGGAAGGGCAACUGUUGGUGCUGCCUGUGCUUAUACAAUAUUUUAGCAUUUGAAGUCUCAUUUAGGGAUUUGACUUUCUGUGACUCUGUCAGAAAGGAGGCUUUCAUGUUUAUCAGAGGAGAAAUGACUUCAGACACUUCUGAUAUUGUUUUUUAUCUGAUGGACAAAGCUCCCGCUGAUCUCAGAAAACAUAACUCAAAGAAACUGCAUGAGCUUGGUCGCCUGAUGCUCUCUGACUCUCUAUUUGACUUUCACUGUACUUAAGCUGUCUUGUAGCAUAUAUCAUGCAGAUGUGGGGGGGGAGUUUAGAAACUCAAAGUCACACAUUACUUUUAUUUUUAUUCAUCAUCACUCCCCUUGGCUAUGCAAAGUAAUGAAAGGUAGCAGCAGAAUUGGAAGGAAAGAGCAGGAAAUUAGAAAUGACUAAUCUGUUCCCAUAUCUGUCAAAUCUAUAGCAAUACCGAUAUCCUGAAUGCAACAUCACUGGUUCAAAAACUUGGUCGCACAAAGUCAACCUUUACUUCAGUCUGUAGUCUCCUUCCUCCCAGUAUCAUGUAGAACAGUGUCAGUUUUCAUCCACUCUCACUUGACACAAUGAUGAGUCGCAACGCAAACAGCUUUUGUGCGGUUUCAAAUCUAAGAAUUUCACUUGUGUGUGUCUGAGAUUGAGAGUAGAAUGUUGAUUACCGUAAAUAUGUUAUUGCUGUUUAUACUUAUUCGUAACCCCUUGUCUGUUGCUAUAAUUUGAAUUUAAACUGUUUGUUAGGAGGGAAAAUAUGUAAAUCUGUUUUCUACUUGCCCCGCAUAUAUAACGGUGUUGUGUAGUAACACUGUGUUCUCCACCUGUCAAAAAUACUGCUUUUUCUGCUUCUCAUCAACUGACCUGCUUGGCAUUUUCCAUAACCAUUUUUCUGUUAGACUUUCAAGACUUCUUCUCCACUUGAACCAUCUUUUCAUGCUUUCUAAGAUUAGAUCAACUAUCAGUUUAAAAUUAUGGAUAUUCUAAGUUACAUCCUCUAUUUUUGAUGGGCGUUAAUUCUAAAACCUCCUCCUUUCUGCAGAGAGAUGGUGUUUAACUCAUUUUAAAAAUGCCAGUCCAGUAUUCUUAACUCCAAAAUUGUAUUAAACUUAGAUCAUGUGAACAUUGAAGUCAUAUUGAUAACUUUUUUUACACUUUUGAAGUUAUUCCAAGGUUAUGCCUUUGAAUUGUGUCCGAUUUUAAUUGGUUUGAAGAGACUGGUUUAGAAAGGAUUUUGGAAAGACAACUGAUGUCUCUCGAGCCAACAUAGAAUAUUAGUAAAGUCAGAUAACUAUGAAGCUGUGUGGGGGGGUUGUUGGGUUCACUGAAAUUCCAGUGGUGUACUAGUACGAUGAGUGAAAUGAGCACUUUUUCCUGAUAAUUUAAUCUGUCCGUUCCAUUCAGAAACAUGCGAGAUAGCUAAGAAUGUGGAAGGGGGGGCAUGAAUGAACUGCAAGGUAUAGUGUAGUUAUCCUAUUGACACUGUGAUGUGAAGUUCCUUGGUGUGUGCGUGACUUUUACUUCUUAUUUUUUUCCUGCCCAUCUAUUCUACACAAUAUUGAUCGCUUUGUGUGUGCGUAAUGCACUGGUUGAUGUAUUUGGCUUGUAAUAUUCACCAUAAUUUUCAUAUACCCAGAACUUACUUCAAAUUAUUAUUUAUAUUAUUGUGCGAAGAACUUGAAUCAUUUGAAGGGAAAGCUACGAAGUGUGGCCAUGAAACAUAAAAGGAAGAAGUAGGUUUUUGCCAUAGUCUAGUGUAAACUUUUAGUUUUGCAAGAUUGCUUUGGACUAAAAUAAAAAGAAACAACUUCACAAUUAUACAGGUGUAAGAUAUUUAUCUGGUAGUUAGGUUAGGAAUCUGAGUAUGUCAGCUGUAGUUGUUUGCCAGUCAUCAGCAUGUUCAGAUUCAUGUGCGGUUGUUUUAUUUUUCUCAGAUACAGUAUUCUGUCUUUCAUCUUCUGGUGUGUUGAAUACUAUAUACAUAGAGGUAUAUUACAUGUAUUAUAUUAGGGGCAAUGCUGAAGAUUUCCUUUCAUAAAGGGAACAACGAUAAGGUGUGUAAACUGAACGUGUAUCAGAGUGCUUUUGGUGCUUAACUUUUGGGUUGCCAAGUUUGAGAGCGCCGUUUAUAGUGUUGUGAUGUGUCCAGUGGAGUGGUUCAACAUGACCAAAGACAGUAUUUUAUUUCUUGUUGACGAAAUUAUUACAGUGUUUUGCAGACGACAAAGCGAUCCAGAUGAUAAAAUGGUUCUGCCCCCCCCCCUACCCCUACUCCGUUGUGUUUUAAAAUGAGAUUUCAGCCCUGUUUUAAGGUGGAGCAGAAGCCAGUGGUAUAAACAUUAUGAAGCUUAGCUGAAUAUAAAUUCCCUCCUGUAUAUUGUUUUUGAACAGGUCAUGCGAUUGCGAACUGUUUGCUUCCCCUGAGUUUGGGAUUCUUUCAGAAUGCUGAAGUCUGUUGAAGUAAUAAUAGGUUGAAAAGCACAUAAAGCUUGCUGUUGAGUGGGAAACUGCAUUAUGCAUAUGCUUUUUAUUAUUAUAAUUAUUGAAUAAAGGAUUUAGUUGGCAAGCCAAUUCCUGUGUUCAGAAGUUUGGGUCAUGACAGAGGGGAUGCUUCAUUAACAUCUAGGUCUAUAAAAGUACAUAAGCAGUUACAUGAGCACACAUGUAUAAGCAGUUACAAGAGGCAUGGAUGAUUGCUUUGGGGGGGGGGGGGAGGUUUAGUUUGAGCAAAACUGUAGGGUGCUUGUGGUCUGCAAGAUGCGGUACGAUGCUAUCACCUUUCCAAGCGCUGUGAGCUAUAGUAUAUUAUAAAUUGCCAAGUUGUAUAUAACAUAACCAUGUGUUAAGAUAAUCAUACUCAAAAGAUCUUGGGUUUACCAUAUAAUAUAUUAUGUUCUACUGCUGGGAGAAAUAAAACACAUGAAGACCA